AUGUCCAUAUUUUUCACUGCAGCAACCGGUAACCGAGGCGCUUUUACUCUCUCCAAGUCUGAGGACAGUGGGAAAAAUUGGAGAGUCAUCUUGGUAAAUGUACGUAAAAUCUGGGCCCCUGAGGUUAUGCGAAGUGACGCUGAUCUCGAGGAAGACUCCGGAAGAUCACAGUACGAGCCUUCCGGACGUUUCCUCUACGCUGCUCACUUUGCUGAUGAGGAGAGGAAUCUUCUUCAACUCAGCGUGUCCGAUGACGGUGGAAAUAGCUUCCGGCGUGUUUAUCUUCCCACCGUUUUUUCUGAUCAAUUCUUUAGUGUGCUAGAAAUCGAAAAGGACUGUGUAUUUCUACAUGUCGACGAACCUGGUGACACUGGCCAUGGCAUCCUGUACGUCUCGGAUAGCACAGGAACCGUGUUCACAGAGUCACUGAGACGUCACUUCUACCCCAAUCAUGCCACCGUCACUGACUUUUUCCGCAUCCUCUCCAUUCCUGGCACUUUCCUGGCCACCCAAAUGAACCCUGACACCACCCUGCGAACUGUCAUCACUCAUGAUCGAGGCUCCACCUGGCAACCUCUUCCCGUGCCUGAGGGACUCUCCUGCGACCUUCCCUCGCGGGGCAAGAUGAUUAGUGAACAGGCUGAAGUAGCCUCCUCAGAUUCCGCAGCCUCUGCGCAGCCUCUCAAGUCUGUUGCUGUCAACGUCUCCGGUAGAGCUUUUGAACUCGUGUGUGGAUUGCAAGUGAGUAACCAGUUUAGCCUCCGGAAACGUGUGGUCGCUUCACCGCCCUUGGCAACAUCAACGGCUCGUGGGCUGAUCCUUGUACAUGGACAUGUCGCCACUCACCUCAAAACCAUUCCUGCCGAUGUCUUCAUCUCUGUCGAUGGCGGAUACACCUGGCACAAAGGAUUGGAUGGACCGCACCACUACCAGAUAGCAAAUCGAGGUGGCCUCAUAGUCGCUGUGCCCGCAGAUACCCUUUGGGUGGACAUUUUGCGUUUCAGCACAGAUGGAGGUCGCUGCUGGCACAACAUCCCCCUCACACCUUCCAUUAAACCUGCUUUUGCAGCCGUGGAUAAGAAAAUUGAUGAGGUCUCUCCAUCACCACCGACGAAACAGUCGAUCUUCUCAACGGACAGGGCCACGCUCCAGACCACGUCUUCCCUUCUGCUUAUGGAGGAGGAGACGAUUGUGUUCACCGGCCUUGUCACCGAGCCUGGUGGCCACGCGAUGACUGUGGCGGUCUACGGCUACGGUACGGUCAGUCAGCGCUGGCGUGUGGCUGUUGUCGAUUUUGCCAGCAACGGGUUCAUCACAAAGAACUGCACCGUUGAGGACUACGAUCUCUGGUAUCCUCAUCAGACUGGCGUCAAACACAAUGAUCCUAACGACGGCUGCUUACUUGGUGUUCGGGAGACAUCCUAUCGGCUGAAGGAGAAUUCUCUCACAUACGGCUACUGGCGCGAGCUGGAUGGUGAUGGUAAAUGUGUAGUGAAUCCCCAUGCCCCUCCUCUUGACGUUUGUGAACUCUUGGGUCAGAAGGUGGCUCCACACCUCCUCGAAAUGAUCGGCUAUCGCCUAAUCCCAGGCGACCGUUGUCAGGGGGGUUGGCAGCCUCCAUACUCCAAUUAUACUUUCGAGGCACUCGCCAGCCACUGCCCUCCUAAGCCGAAGCCAUUUGGAACAGCAACCAAAUUUAUGGUAGUAGUAGUCGCGUUGACGAUCUUCUUUGCCUUUGUGGGAGGGAUCGUCUGGUCCCGUCGCAGAGCUGUUAUCUUUUCUAAUACGUCGCUUCGGCACAGACGCUUCACAGAGAUCUUCUGUCGCCACCCGCGGCACUCCCACCUUAGUGCUAGCAACGACUUCAAGACAAAUCGCCUUGUUUCCAACACCGUUUUUUAUGCCGGCGGCGACUUUGCCAUUGCCAAGACAGUCGCAUCCCCUUCAAGCACUUCUCACCAUCUGACACAAAAGCAGUCGGAAGACCGGUUUGAGCUGGUGGCAAACGAGGAGUUGUUUGCAGAUGAGGAUACUUUUCCUCCUGACUCAAUGAAUGGUCACUCAACAAGGAGUGAACAAGGUCGCAUGGACGAUUUGCUCUAUUAG